UAUUUAUUUCUUAUUUGAUUUAAUCUUCGAAGACGGAAUUUUCUUUUCUGGACUAUCUGGUUUCGUAAAUUUCACUUCUACAUAUUCGAUGGCUGGGGAGAAUAUCAGUUCACCAGUGAGACUAGAUAUUUCUGGGUCAGAUGGGGGCAGUUCGAGAAGAUCCUUGACGAGAAGCAGAGAGAAAACACUUUCUCGUUAUCUGAGAGCUUCUACCGGUUCAUGUCAUGAUUUCUGCAAAUAUGGAAAGAAACAUGAACCUGAAGAGAAUGCUAAACUUCCCUUCCGGAAGAGGAAUAUGAAAAAGCCAUCAAGUGAGUCGAAUUUAGUUCGGAGCUUAGACUUACAGCAGAGAAUGAAGAUAACCGUAACUGAAUCCAAAUAUUUCCCCAAUUCCCAAUCUCGUACCCCCGAUACGUCUGGGGCGGUUGUGUUUCAGCUAUCACCCUACUCUCUUGAUAGAAAGGAUUCUACAACUCAUGGUGUUCUGUCAGAUAAAGAGAAGACAUCAGCAGCAAAGCUUAAGCCCAAACAUUCACUCAAUUCCAGUAGUCCCCAUGACACCUCCAAUGUCCUCAAGUUUGAAGUGUCGACAACUACAUCGGACAGGCGAACUUCUAGGAAACAUGAAAUACCGUCAAAGGAAAAAAAAGACAUCAACGGCAAAGAUUGGAUCUUUACCCAAUUUGAAAUUCCACUUAUUCGAUGCCCCGAAAGUCAUGCAGAAGGGUGGAUGGUCAUCUUCUAAGAAACUAGGAGUCCCUUCAAAUGAAGUCUCAUUGAAAGCUAAAGAGAAAGGCUUUUCUAAAUCACUUAAUACUUCUUCGAAACUGAAAUCUCAUGCAGAAAAGCUUCCUUCAGGUUCUGUCCCGUUAGAAGGUUUAAGUGUUAAAAGGGGCGAUGGAAUUAGUGAUAUGAAGAUGGGAAAAAGGACCAGUUGUGCCAAAGUUGAUGUGAAGAAAGCAUUGUCAUCGCCUCGGCCCUCAAGCCUAACUGCAAGAAAGAACCAGAACCUAAAAGUGGUGCGUCCACAGAAGAAUCAGAACAAUGUUGAAAAGGCUGAAACUGAGCAACCUCUUGAUGAACAUGAUGUACGCAAUAACGACGCACUUGAAGAGAAAACCUUGUAUGUUAUCAAGAUGGAGACA